AUGAUUUUGACCGGCAUUGCAGUUUCGUUGCUGGCGUUGCUUCUAGGAUUCGGAACAAUCCCAUUGGUUCAAGUUUUGGAUGAUCGAUUCCAGUACAACAUCGGCAGCUCAGUUGAUCACCUCAGAAAGUUGAUAUCAGCAUCAACAACACCAAUAUUAGAAUCACCACCUUCGGUAUCAAUUAAGGAAGCAAACAGUGCAACCUUACUGAUUGAUUUGGUUAGAGUUGGAUAUUAUUACGCUAGAAUAUACAAGUACAACUUGGUUAGCCUGUUAUAUCAACAAAAUCAAGAUAAGUUGGGUGAUUUACUCCAAAAAACUAGAUUUCAGCACGUACUCCUAGUCUCAGCGUUGCUAUGGCUACUUUCCACUGCUGGGUUCCUCUUUCACAUGUUAAAUAAACCAAUCUCAACGACUAACGUGGAUAUGCAAUCCACUAAUCCAUCGGAAUGGCAAUUAGACAACAAAUCCACCGAUUACUCCAAAUUACUUGUACCUGAAUCUAAUACAGGUACGACAUCUAAUAAAUCCUCAGUACGUUCAGCAAAAUCGAGCCCUAGAUCUCCCCUCAACCAGCAAGACAAUGCUCUUGGUUUGGAUAUUGAUAAAAGCGAAUUGCCUGUGCAAUCCACAAUCACCAAAUCUCAUUUAGCAGAAGCUUCAUUUGGUGCUGAUCAAGAUGGACAGGAUGAGUUUAAUACUCCAGCCAGCGACAACAUGGUUCUUUUAGAUGAGGAGAUCUGCAAAGAGAGAUCGAGUCUUCCAGAUGAGCAAGUGCACCUCAAGACAACUAAGCUUCUAGCUGGGGAGGUGCACAUGGAGAAAUCCAUUCUUCCAAAUGAACAAUUAUUUUUGAAUGAAAUUAGUCCUCAAGGUGAACAAUUACACUUUGAGACAACUAAAGUCCCUGCCGUGGAAGGAAUAGUAGUUGAUCGAGUUGAUAUUGACAAUACGGAAGCAUCGGCGAUGUAUAAGCAAAAAGUGGAGGAUGAUCAUGUUGGCAAGGCAUCAAAGUUGCAAACAUCUCCGCACACAGCUAAAGAAAACGGUACUUCUAGCAGAUCACCACAAGCGCAUCUGCACACGAAGCUAGAGAGUGAAAUUUUACCAGCUACACAAACGCUAACGCAAGUUCAUACAUCCGAGACAGCGCCUAGUAUCAAGUCAAACAAAUCGUCAAAAUCGAAAGCAUCUCAAAAGGCCAAAGAUAUAGCCAAAAGUAUCAGCAGGGCACCGUCCAGGGUUACGAGAAGUGGUUUUAACAAAGCUGAUGCUAUCUCGGGCGUGUCGAAUCAUAGCGAUGAUAGGAAGAGCAGCUUCUCUCAUGAUGAUGAUUUAACAUCUGGAUCUUCGCAAUUAGCAAGCAAGAGAAUGCUGUGA